AUGGGUCUGAUAGUAAAGUCUAGAAAGGACCUAUCAAACAACAACCUAGCUUGCAGCUGUAACAUCUAUCUCUCAGUCUACGCCAUCAAAGAUCAAGUGACCGGAGGAGAAUGUUCCACACCGGACAGUCUGACCGGUACACUCCUAGCGUCAUCGCGGUCCGCAUCGCCAGACUACUUCCUAAAUCAAGGGGACUACUUGUUCUAUUGUACUCCCUCUGACAUCAAUGUGACUGCCCCAGCGUUUGAGCAGAUCUUGGUUGAGUGGUUGGCACCAGACAUCCUGUACCCACCUCACAUGAACCUAACUAAUAGCACAGAGUGGUCCUAUGUCAUCAACUGCACCAGUGCCAAUGCCCCUACCAUCACAGGCCUUAUCGGCAACACAACGGAUCUUAGCAUCCUCUUUGAGUCGGACGACGGUGUCCAGCAUGGAACAGACUACAUCUGUACCAUCAGACUAACAUAUUUAGGCAAUACCAGCGUUGAGGGGCGGGGCAUACCUAUAACAACACUAGAAAAUAUCGCUUCUACCAACCUCACCAAGUCAGAAGGAAUGGACAUUUCACUGCAGAUCCUCUAUUAUGACUUUAGUGCCACUGAAGAUGAUUUCGAUUACGCCACCAAAACCUUAAAGACCACGCCUACUUAUGUCGACAGCCCUUUUCCUGCUUGGCUGCGAGAAUCGGACGUCCCGUCCAACGACACCUUCUCAGACUGGUUCCGGAAUGUGGAUAAUAACUACGUGUUUGAGACCAACAUUGUCAUUCCCUGGCUGAAUACAUCAUCUAUUUAUGAUCCCAUUAAUAGGUAUGUACUAUAA